CUUGUAUUAAACAGCUGUUUGUUAACAAAUCUAGUCUUAUCUCUGUAUUCUGUAACUGAUUAAUAAAUAUUUGAUUAUUUAAUAUUUUGCUUUGAAUAAGUUUGUGAGUUUGUCUUAAAAUUUCAUACAAAAAUGAGAUUACCUGUAAAAAUUACUCACAUUAUUAAAAAUGUUUGUCGUUCAUUUACUACCAAAAAAUUUCAUCCUGUGUCUCAUGUCAUUUUUGACAUGGAUGGUGUACUUCUAGACACUGAAAAAAUACAUGAGAAAUCUGUAGCAGCAGUGGCAUCUAAAUUUGGUAAGACCUACGAUCUUAGUUUACGUUACAGGGUAUUAGGUGCACCAGAAUUUGAUGGAGCCCAGAUGAUAGUAAAUGAACUAAAUUUGCCAAUAUCGAUUGAAGAAUUUUUAAAUAUGGUUCAUGCAAUUGAAAAUAAAGUUUUACCUGACGUUGCUAUACUACCAGGUGUAGACAGGCUUGUGCGUCAUCUUGACAAAAACAAAGUACCAUUUGCUAUAGCGACUAGCAGUACCAAAAACAGUUUUGACUUGAAAACUUCUCAACAUAAAUCAUUGUUUUCACUUUUUAACCAUAUUGUCACUGGAGGAUCUGAUCCAGAGGUAAAAAAUGGAAAACCUGCACCAGAUAUAUUUCUUACCUGUGCCUCUAGAUUUCCUGAUAAACCACAUCCAAAUAAGUGUUUAGUUUUUGAGGAUUCUCCAAAUGGGGUACGAGGAGCUAAAGAAGCAGGCAUGCAAGCAGUUAUGAUAGCAGAUAAUUUGAUUUCAAAAGAUUUGUGUACUGAAGCAACAGUAGUAUUAGGCAGUAUAGAAGAUUUUGUUCCAGAAGCAUUUGGUUUACCAUCGUAUAAUUGACUAUCUUAAUAUUACCUUUUUUUCCUUUUGGUUUAUUUUUCCUAAAGAACAAAAACUUAUUGUUUAUUAAGUUUAAGUAUAAAAUACUGUUAAUUUUUGUUAAUUAUGUAGUUAUUUUAAAUAAUAAUAUAUUUCAUUAAAAAGUUAUUGAAUUCAA